AUGAGCAAAAAAUUAUAAACAAAGUUAAAAGGCCAUUAAAGUAAAAUUUAUUAGAUUGAUGGUGAAGCAAACAAUUAAGAAGAUUUAUAGUUUUUACAUGAAAUAGAAAAUGACGAUAAUAAUACUAUUGAAAAAGAAGUAGAUAACUUUCUUGAUACAUAUUUUGAGAGAUAAAAGUUCAUGAAAGAAAUUGACUUAGAAAAAUUAAAUUAAGUAUUUGAACCAAUCAUAAAUCAUAUCUAAAAUAUCAUAACUAGCUUUAAUAAGAGAGAUGAUGCUCCCUCGUUCAAUUAGUAUUUUAGUUAAUAGGAUUAAGGUGAUAAGAUUGUACUCAAACCUUUAUUAAAUGACUUUGACUUAUUUGCUUAAAAAAUAUAAACCGGUGCUUAUGACAUAGAAUAAAGAAAUGCUGAUCAAGUUGUAAUUGAGAUAAAUAAUUAAUACCCUAAUAAAAAACCUGAAUAAAAAUAAUAAAUUUAAAAAUCUUUAGAUCCAUUAAAUAAAUAGUAAAUUUAGAGCAUUAAAAAGAUUGGAUAGUUUACAGUGUUUAAAGAGAAAGGUACUGAAAUAUGGGGAGUUUUAGAUUCUUUUUACAUUUCUUAGUAAUCUCUAAAAAAUUCUUAUUAAUAAAGCAUUCAGAAAUACACACAAGAUAUAAAAGAACAAUUUUUAGACUCAGAAUGUACUUGGAAGAGAUACUGGACAAACAACUGGGAAAAUUCGUAGUUUAGUAAAUAGUAUAUCAAUUUAUUAGAUAGCUUAAUAACUUUUUAUCAUAUUCCUCUUCACCUUCUAAAUGCCAUAAUAGGAAUUCCUUUGAAGAGAGUUGAAUUUUAGAAAGUUUCAAGACUAACUUAUGUUAAUGAAAUGAUAAAUAAAUCAACAAUAAAAAGGGAGCCUUAAAACUAUGAUUAGCUUAUUCAAAAUUUACUUAAAAAUAUGAAUGAUGAUUUAAAUUAAGUAAACUUUUAACUGAGAGUAAUCUUACAACAUUUAGUUGUAAAUUUAUAAUGGAAUAAGCAACUAUAUUAAGAGGUUUAAUACCUAAAACUGUCCUUACUCUUGAAAACGUAUGAGUAAUAUUUUAAUGAAGUGUCUGGGGAUUUUGGAUAAUAAGAAAAAUUUUAGUAAUUUCUUAGAGAAUUCAAGGCAUUUUAUAUUGUAAAAUAUUUCAAGAGUAGAAUAAGAAACGAAAUAACAAUCAACUAGAAUUCUGUUUGUGAUUGCAUUUAUUUUAUAAAAUAGCACAACCUUCCUUAAGGAUAUGAAAAUUAAUAUCUUAAGAUUUUUUAAAUAUUAAAUGAGUCCUAAAAUUUCAAACCUAAAAAAUAAGAAAUCAUUUAUUAUUACAACAAUAACAAUAUUGAUAGGUCAACUUACUUCUGGAAGCUAAUUUAUUAUUGGAAUAAUUUUAAAAUUUAUUUGAUGGAGAUGGAUUCAGUUUAUGAUGCUAUUGUAAAUGGUGCUUUUGGAUUAGUUGUUUUUUUUAGCUGUAAAAAAGAAGCACAUUCAAAAGUAGUAGUUUCAGGAGUCAUAUAUGAUGAUUAUCAUAAAACUUUGAGCUAAAUGUUUAGAGAAAUUAAGUAGCAGAUAGAGCAGAAUAGUAAAAAAUUUAAAAAUAGUGCCGAAAAUUUGGAAGAUGAAAAUGAUGAUGAUGGAGUUUUUGGCGAUUGUUGUGGUAGAUUUAAUUGUGGAUUUUACAUUAGAAAUUACUUUUGCUUAUAUUUCUUGAAGGGAAUAGUUUUCAUAAAUAUUUUGCUAAGAUUGGUCUCUAUAGUUUAUGUUUUAUUUUUAUCACUAGCUUUCUUCUUAGCUUACUUUGUAAUUUUAUUUUUCGUUCUAUUUUAGAUGAUUUGUGCUCUCUUUGUUUUUGAUUUCUCCAAUCCAAGAAGCGAAAAAGAAGAAUUUGACUUAGUUUAUCCUACUUUUUUUCCUGUUUUAUAGAUACCUACCUUUGAAUCUAAAAAAUUUCUUUACUCUGCUAUUUAUUAGAAUUUUUGGCUAAGUUCCUGA